AUGAUGAAAGCCCUAAUGUGGAAUAUUAGAUCUGUUAAGUCACAAAAGGCUUUUCAGAGACUGCAGAUGUUACACAAUUUUAAUAAAUUUGCUUUUAUCACACUUUUGGAACCGUUUCAACAUACAACAACUAUUCAAAGAUAUAGAAACAGAUUGAAGAUGCCUUUGGUAGUUCAUAAUUUGAAUGGAAAAAUCUGGUUUUUUGCCAAUCACGGAUUUGAUGUCACUGUAGUCAGCAGCACAGAACAACAUUUAUCAGUUUUACUGAAAAAUGUAUCUUUAAAUACUAGUUUUCUGGUUCCUAGUGUGUUUGCAAAAUGUAAUAGGGAGCAAAGGUUGACUCUUUGGGAGGAUAUUCUUGCAUUGUCUAAUGAGUUGAAUACACCUUGGAUAGUAGGUGGUGACUUCAAUGUUGUUCUUAAUGGUGAAGAAAAAAUUGGUGGCCUUCCGGUGAGUAAUACAGAAGUGAAUGAUUUCAGAAUGUGUAUUGAGUCCAGUGAUCUCAUGACAAUUCCCUUCAAAGGAAGCCCUUUCACUUGGUGGAACGGUAGAGCUGGGAUGGACUUGGAACAUUUGGCCAGGGAUGGUUCUGACCAUGCUCCACUAAUGCUUACUUGUGAGAACAGGGCAUCCAGAGUCAUGAAACCUUUCAGGUUUUUGAAAUUCUGGACUGAUCAUGAGACAUUCAAAGAUGUGAGAAAAAUCAAGCAGGUGAAGAGUGCUCUCUCAUUGUGGAGUAAAGAAAUUUUUGGUGAUAUCUUUCAACAACUGUUGAUAAGGGAGGAGAUAGCAAAGAUUAAAGAAAAAUUGUUUGAAGACAGUCCAACUCAGGAGAACCAGGCAGUUAUGCAAAGAGCUAAGGCAGAAUACACAAAAUAUUUGCACUUAGAAGAAAGUUAUUGGCAACAAAAGGUGGGUUAUGACUGGUUUGAAAGUGGAGACAGAAACACUAAAUUCUUUCAUAGUAUUGUGAAGGGUAGAAGAAACAGAUUAAAAGUGAGCAGAAUUAUGAAUGAUGCAGGGAAUUGGCUGGAGGAUGAAAAACUUAUUGCAGAUGAAGCUUUAAUAAAUGAAGAGGAGAAUGCUGACCUUGAGGCUAUUCCAGAUGAAGAAGAGUUGAAAAAGGCUGUGUUUAGCCUCAAUGGUGAUAGCGCAUGUGGCCCUGAUGGACUUUCGGGGAGAUUUUAUCAAUCAUGUUGGGAGAUAGUGAGAUCUGAUAUCAUUAGAAUGGUUAGAGAUUUCUAUGCAGAUAUAGGGAAGAGAGGAAAGCCUGAAAAUGUGGUAUUGAAGUUGGAUAUGGCAAAAGCCUAUGAUAGGGUUUCAUGGUUCUUCUUGAUGAAAGUUUUGACAAAGAUGGGUUUCUCUAGCAGGGUGGUGGAUCUGGGGGUGAAGCAAGGGGACCCUCUAUCCCCAGCACUCUUUAUUUUAUCUGCUGAAGUUCUGACAAGGGCACUUAAUCUCCUUUUUGAAGAUAUAUCCUAUAACACAUCUUUAGGUGUGUGGCAACAAGUGGAGAAAUAUACAGGGAUUGCUAAAGGAGAAUUUCCCUUGAAGUAUCUUGGGAAUCCAAUUUCUCAUACGAAGAAGAGCAAGGAACAUUAUGUUGAUUUACUGGACAAAGUAAGAGGUAAUCUUCAAGCAUGGAAAGACAACCAUCAGAAACGGAGACUUGUCACCAUUUGA